UUUAAGUGCAUUUAAUACCCAAUUUUCAUAUAUAAAUAGAGCUAGUUUAUUUUAACAAAAUAAUAUAAUUUAGUUUUUUUACAACAAAAUAACUAAUAUUAUAAUCGCAAUGAAAGUGUUGUGUUUGCUGUCAGUAUUGUUUGUGGCCGUAAAUUCAUUGCCAGUCAAUGAGUUUAAUGGCAAGAAUUGGGUGGUAUUGGUUGCCGGAUCUAACUCCUGGUUUAAUUAUAGACACCAGGCUGACGUAUACCACGCGUACCAAAUCGUGAAAAAGAACGGCAUUCCGGAUGAGAACAUAAUUGUCAUGCAUUACGACGAUAUCGCUAACAAUAAGGCCAAUAAAUUCCCGGGUAAAGUGUUCAACCAUCCCAGCCACAAGGAUGUUUACCCUGGUGUACCCAAAGAUUAUACUGGCAAAGAGGUUACACCCGAGAAUUUCCUGAAAGUCUUGGCCGGAGACCAGGGUUUGAAAAAUGAGGGUAAAAAAGUUUUGGAAAGUGGACCAAACGAUCACGUGUUCAUCUUUUUUGAUGACCAUGGUGCUCCCGAUUUGGUUGCCUUCCCCAACAAGUACUUAUACAGCGGUCCGCUGCUCACGACUUUGAAACAAAUGCACCAGGAUAAGAAAUACGGCAAACUUGUGUUUUAUAUUGAGGCUUGCGAAGCAGGCUCGAUGUUUGCGAACUUACCCGACAACAUUAACAUAUACGCCACCACCGCUGCCAAUGGCAAAGAAUCUAGUUAUGCCAUCUAUAAUGAUGCCACAGUCGGAACAUACCUUGGCGAUGAGUACAGUGUAAACUGGAUGGAGAACGCGGAGGCGGCCCCGGCGGAGACUCUGCAACAACAGUUUGAUGUGACCAAGACCAAAACAAAGGGCUCCCACGUGCAGCACUUUGGUGAUUUAACUAUCGCCUCGUUGCCCAUCUCACAGUUUUUGGGUAUGUUUUUAUACAAUGGGUUAUGUCAUAGCAAGUCGUCAGUUGAGGUGACCAGUGAUGACAAUACUCUUGUGAACAAUAAGGACUUCCCGCUAGUGAUGGCUCAACAGAGCGCUGAUUACCAGGAGUUGUCUGUACUGUCGACCGCACGUCAAUUCCUGGACACUGUGUUCGAGGAAUACGUGAAUAGUAUUCAACACUUAAUGAACGCAAACAAUGAUGUCUUUAAUACUAGACUAGAGCUCAAUAACAGAGAGUGUUAUCACAACUUUGUCGACACAUUCAACGACCAGUGCCUCAGUAUAUCUCAACAUACCUACGCUCUGAACAAAUUAUACACAUUUGUCAACAUUUGCGAACAAUUGGAUGACUCGAGCGCUACCCAAGCCCUCAACCAAUUGGUUCAGUACUGCCAACAAAAUCUGUCCAAUGGUUACCCGACUAAUAUUGUAUAAAUGUAAAUUAAUAACUAAUUAAUAAAAUACA